AACCCUUCAUUUAACACACCAGCUUCACGGAGCUGAUAGUUGGAUCUUUUUACGAAUUGGACCUCGCCUCUCUCUGGAACGGAGAUUAAAGCACUUUAGUUGAGCAGAAUGAUGCCCGAACCUUUCAAAUCGGCUCUGUCGUUAAAAGACUCGGAGGAAACGUCGCUCGCGCUGCCGUCGGAUCGCGGUCUCAGAUCUGCGCAACAGAGAGUUCUUGAGCAGGUUCACACCAUCAAGAGGAGCAAAUCCAAAUACACCGGUAAAAGUGUGUCUACAUUGACUUCACCUACCAGUCCAGAGAGUGACGCUGUGUUUUUUGACUUCAAGUUCUCUCCUACUGUGGCUCUCAGUGGACCUUCAUUCAACAGAGGAGACAGAGGAGGAACCAUGACAAAUGGGGCUAAGCAGCGGCAGAGCUUUGUUCGCAAGUCCAUGAACUCUCGACAUCGCAGCACUCAAAGGACAACAAGCACCGCCAGCUGGAAAGAUCAGUCAUACUACACUUUUACAAACACUCCCGCCACCCAGCCCAGACCCAUCACUCAACCUUUCUGCACCAAAGUCACCCACAGUGCUCCAGACCUUGGCUUCCAAACCAUAACAAAUGGCGGCACCGCCCACCAACAAGGCCAAGCCAGCAGACAGACCUUUCACAGGACGGAGAGGAUCUUCAGUCAUCCUGUACUGAACGGCACUAAUCUACCUCUUGGUUAUGGCACUAGUGUGAGGGUUGCUAACAGUAGUCAGGUGUACAAUGUUCCAGCUGUCAACAGACGACCAUCUUCCAUCCAGUCCAAUGGAGACUCCAAGAUGCCAAGACAGGGCAAGACUGGGCAAGCCAAUGUCUCUGAGAUGAACACCGAGAAGCUGAUGGCUGAUUUGACGAUGAAGGAUGCAGUGGAUUAUCUGUUCAGUCCAGAUGAAAAGUAUCAGCUGUGUGGCUCUGCCUACAUCCAGCACACCACCUUCAAAGACGACAAGGCCAAGCAAGAGGUGCUGACCCUGAAGGGCAUUCCUCAGCUGGUUAACCUGUUGAACAGCCCCAGUCCUCAGAUCCAGGAGACAGUGGCUGCUGCCCUGCGUAACGUGGUGUUCAAAAACCAACCUAAUAAAGAGGAAGUUCAGCGCUGCGGAGGAAUCACACCGGCCGUGCAGCUGCUCGGAGACACCAAUUCUGAGAUGAAGAAACACUUGACAGGUUUCCUGUGGAAUCUGUCAUCCACAGACAGUCUUAAACCAGAUCUGCUCCACUCAGCUCUGCCUGCGCUCAACAAGAAGGUUAUAGAGCCUUUUUUAGCCAGUAAAGACAACAAUGAUAACACAAGCCUGGCACUAGACAUCUUCAACAAUGCCACGGCAUGCCUACGAAACCUGAGCUCAUCCAAACUUGUGAACCGGCAAGUCAUGCGCAACUGCAAAGGUCUUAUCGACUCGCUCAUGGGCUACAUGAACAACUGUGUUGAUGCAGGGACUCCAUAUAACCAGUCUUUGGAGAACUGUGUGUGCAUUCUUCACAACCUCACCUACCAGCUGGAGUCAGAGAUGCCCACUCUCUUCACUAAAAUCAAUGCCCUCAGCAGUGAUACCCGCAAUCAUUCCAGUCCGUCAGACGCUGGACCGAUCGGCUGCUUCAGCUCUCAGAGCCAAAAGAUUCAACAGGAGAGUGGUUUUGAUUAUCCAGUGAUCGAGGAGAGUAUCCCUAAAGGUGCUGGCUGGCUCUUCCACUCUAAGGCUCUGCAUAUGUACCUGAAACUGUUGAGCACCAGUGAGAGUGAUGCCACGCUUGGGGCCAGCUGUGGAGCACUGCAGAACCUCACAGCCAAUGAAGGCAUAGUAUCAAAUGUUUUGAGUCAUACAAUUGUAAAGAAGCUGAACGGUCUGAAGUACAUCAGUCCACUGCUACAGUCAUCCAAUCCUGAAGUACAGAAAAGUGCAAUCACUCUGCUUGGAAACCUGUCCAGAUCUGAACGUACAAAUAAAAACAUGGCCCGUCAGACUUUACCGCAGCUGGUCGGCUUCCUGAACUCAGGGCUGACAAAGGACGAUUCCUCACCCGAAUACGACGGCACCAUGGCAACCGCUCUUCACAGCACACAUACCCUGAUGAAGAGCGAUCCUGAGAUGGGCAAGAGUCUUCUGAAUGACAGCUUGAUCAAAUCGCUCAAUGACAUGAGUCUCAAUCAGAGCCUACCAAAGUCCCGCACUGCCGCCGGAAUUCUCCUUCACAGUCUGUGGUUGGAAAAGAACAUUCAGAGUUAUCUUAAAAAGAAAGGGAUGAAUAAGAAGUCUUUUGUGAAUGACAUAACUUCGGCAGCUUUCAAAUCACGUCAGGUUGUUGAGUGACAGAUGCUAUUACCAGAUGGGGAAAAACUACUCAAAUUGCAUUUUAAUUGCAAUGAAGUAUUUCAGAAUAAUGACUUGUGUCAUUAUUAAAUGUUUAUUUCUUUUGGGGCCCAUAGGCACUUUUUGUUAAGAAACGAUAAACAAAAAAACAACAUGUAAAAAUAGCUUUAUUUCCAUUUCUCAAGACCAUAGUAUUUUCAUUCAGUAAAGCAACUUUGUAUAUCCCAUUCUUUGUGACUCUUAACAAACUGUUCUAAACUGCAGAUGAUUUGGAAAAUAUAUUUGAAGUGUUAUGAAAUGCAUUGUGUUUAUGUUCAAGGAUAUAGAGUGUAUACAUUUCACCAAGGAGUGAUUCAAAAGUUUGCUGACUCAUUUUUACUCAUGUGCUCCAAACAAUAUAAGGGUGUGGAUCCUUAUAUCUAUUUUUGGUGGUUUUAAUUCAUUAUACAUUUUUAGCAGCAGAAGUCUGUAGUCUUUAGCUUCUUUUUUAAAUUCAAUGUAAUAUCUUUGAUUUCACAAUAUGUAUUAUGAUUAAUUAUCAUUAUGUGUAAGUAACUCAUUGUUAAAAACAUAAAGAUAUGGGCUAAUAAAUAUAUGAUAUUUGUACACAUCAUGGUACUUUGCAUUUAACAGCGUGCAUAGAAAUAACAAAGAAAUAGUCAUUAAUCUUCAGUUGCAUUAGCUUCAACUUAUGAAUUCAAUGGACACAUUUUAUGAUUCUAGAUUUGUUUUUAAUCUUUGUAGCACCUCAGAUGAAUUUAUUAUAAUUGUUUUAAUAUAUCUAUAUUUGUACAUAUUAACAAGACAAAUACCAUGCUGUAGAUAAGGAGUUGUUAACAAUUUGCUGUCAUUCACCAGCACUGUAUUUACUUAACAGACUCAAAUUCACGGCUCUAUAAAACAGAAAUUCUGUUGUUUCUAAUUCAUUCAUUUUAUUGCAAAUAUUAAAAAAAUACAUACGUCUACAUUUUCAUUUGUUCUUAAUAAGGGUGGAGGUUGUUGUUCUUGUCUUCAUCAUCUUCCUGGAGAUGCUCUAUUUUCUCAGGCCCUUGGUAGGCACUAGAGCCUUGGUACUAAAAUAAAGCCAUUUAUUACAAAUGUUUUAUUUAUGAAUAUAUUUACAACAGCAAAUAUCAUCAGUAUGAACCGUAUCAAUAACUCAAAAUUAGAACUUAAGUAUCAGAAUAUAAUGUUCUUGGUCAUGUGCCAGUAUUUGGUGAUGUACUCUUCUUAUACCUCUUCUUAUCAACCACCAUUUUUGACUAUAUAAGAAUCUUGAGAAAUAUGUUUUUUGAUGUUCAUUACAGGUGCUUCAAUACAGUUCAUUGGUUUCUUAGUUCUUUAAAGAACAUUCUGGGUGUUUUUGUUUUGACCAUGCAUAGAUUUUGUUUAGCUUUUUGAGGAUCAGCGUAUGUCAUGCAAUCUGUCAAUGUUGGCAUAUGUCAAAUUUUGCUAGCUUCUACCAACUGACUGAUGUAUUUGUGCCGAAGUACUGUAGAGUGUGAUUGGACGCACAACCUUUGACGCCAAUAACAAAGGGGAAAGUGUAUCUCCUCCCAUUUAAAUGUUCACAAUCCUAUUUAUUUUGUUAUCCUACAUGCACAAUUAUAAGCAAGUUUGGGGAGUAACGUAAUACAUGUAACGGGAUUACGUAUUUAAAAUACAAAAUACAAGUAACUGUAUUCCACUACAGUUAUUGUAGAAUUAAGUUACAUUCAAAAAGUAUUUUGAUUACUGAAGAGAUUACUUUGCAUUUUAUUGCCAUUUGCUUCAUUUAAUAUUUAGUCCAUUCAGAUAAACAUUUAUACAUAUAAAUGAUGCGAUCCAAAGUGCAUUUGAACAGCGCUGAAACACUUUCUUAUGAUGUGUUACAUUCAUACGAGCACACAGAGAAGUACGUUUGAAGUAAGUUUGGAGCAGAAGAAAUAGAAAUAAACAGUGUGUAAAUUGUUAGCUUUAUGCUAAGCUAAAAUGCAAUUUCUAGCCAUUUUACAUGCACAUGUUACCAGACACGAUCAUAUUUCUUAUCAAGAAAAUUCACGUUGGAUCAUAAUUUAUUUUUGUCUAGUAUGACCUUUGAUAUUAGGCUCAAAAAUCAUAUUCUUCAUAUUAAUAUUUUUAAUUUGUUUUCUAAAAAUCCUUAAAACAAGAUCAAUUUGAUUUAUUUUGUUUUAGAAGUAACACUGCAUGAGAUAUUUCGGUUUUUCAGAGAAUGUAUUUUUAACAUAUUAUUUUGUGUAUUUUGUCUUACUGUACUGAGUUUUUAUAGCCAAAACAAGUGAAAUAAUCUACCAGUGCUGAAGAAGUAAUCCAAAGUAUUUAGAUUACAUUACUGACCUAGAGUAAUCUAACGCAAUACGUUACAAAUUACAUUUUACAGCAUGUAUUCUGUAAUCUGUAGUGGAAUACAUUUCAAAAGUAACCCUCCCAACCCUGAUAUAUUUAGUUGGAUUUGGUAUAUAUUUGGGAUUUUCGUUUUUUCCCUGCUGUCCAUGAACCAAUCAGAAGAGACUUGAAGCCCAUUUUUGGUAGUUAAGAACCACUAUUCUAAAGAAUUAAAAGUUAUUUGUGGAAUUUAAAGAGGUUCUCCGAUGGGACCAAGCAAUCGAAAAUGAACUAGCUGGCCUAACGCUAACCUGACAUUUAUUCCCAAAAGGAAAAAUAAACAAACCAACAAACUAUUGCAAAAUUUUAACCAUAGAGUGUAACCCCUUAUUCAAACCAUAAACUUUACAAUUAUUUAAUUAGAUAAUAACUUUUGUGUACCAUGGAUAAAAGAAAACAUCAGGAUUUGGAAUGAGACGACAGAAGCGAAUUAGGUUACUGACAUGUGCAUUAUUCAUUUGUAUUGCAUAAAUAAAUAUGGAAUGAGUAACCAAAUGUGUUCACGUUUUUCAUUUCCUGAAAUAAAGAGUUGGAUAGCAGGCAAGCUAAAGUUUUAUGCCUGUAUUGGAUUGAUUUGAAGUCUUAACUUAUCGUAAGUGCCAAAUUGUACAAUAUCUUAAGAUUUCACAAGACUAUGUUCACAAAACUCAACCUAUCCUUAUUUUUAAGAGAGUAGGAUGAUAGAAACAUUACACUAGGUGCGAACAAAAUCCUUGUUUCUUAUUUUAUCCGCAACGGAUUAACCCUACUUUGUAACAGGUGGAUUUCUCCACAUCUGUCAUAUGUAUCUUUAGGCAGUAGCUGGGUCGUACUGGAGAAAUCUGUCAUCAUUCCACCCUCUGCCCUGCAAAACCCCUCUCCAUUCUUUUGGUGCUUUCAGUGGAUCUCCCAGGAGCCUCUAGUCUGUCUGACCCUUAUACACCACUGUGAAAUGACCUUCCUCUUGAACCCAUUAACAGCUGUCUGUCUCCAUUUUCAUGCCACUCCCAAAAUGCCCUUUGUGCCAGUCAGACAGUAACUGAGCCAUUAAGUCCUCUGGCAUUUUAGACACUUAAACAUUGAAUGCUCUUUAGAGAGCUUUUCAGUGCGUUUCCUUGAGUGAAAGGCUUAGAUAAACUGCAAGAAAUCUCUUGCAUCAUCACAAUGUGUGCUCCUGUAAAGGAAAGCGUAGCUAGAAUGAGGUAAACGUGCUUGUCUACAAAAGUUAAUUGUCAUACACUUUGUAUCAAACCUGAUUAAACAUCACAAUGGUAUUAUAGCUUAGCUAAUGUUUUUAAGCACUAGUCAGAUUACCCAAAACAG